AUGAGUAAUCAGAACUAUCCAUACCAAGGUCCAGUUCCAAUUUUCCUUCCAUGGGAUUACGAAACCAGGGCCGAGAAGAAUCUUUUCUUAGAGUAUGCAAGCGAGAAUUUCAACCAAUGCAAAACUGGAGGUGUCUUCAGUCGAAAAUCUCUCUCAAGACAAGAAUCAAUCACCUUCAGUGAUAAUCAUACCAAUGAGCCGCUACUCAAGCGUAUCCCUAAAGCCAUGGCAAAGGAUGCAAUCUUGGUCCAGAAAGCCAUUUUACAUAUAACGGAUGUUCGAAAGUCAAAAGUUUUUGAAGGUGGUCCAAGGGAUCUAUACAAACUCAUUCGUAAUCAUGAGGAACUCAUUGAUGAGGCCUAUUGCGUUCUUAUUAAGCAAACCACCGCAGUUAGAGGAAAACCUUUCAUUAACACAAUGAAAUUGACUGCAUUCAUUGCAAAAUUCCUCAUCCCAUCUGAAGAACUUCGUCCCUACGUUUUAUCUCACUUUUGCAAAGCCGUUAAGAUUGCAAAAGAACUUGACGAGGAAUGCUAUGAAGCCGCCUGCUUCGCUCUCAUCAGAGUCAACGGAAGGAUCUGGUCUCAUACUUCUGUUGAGAUGACAAAAGAAAACGGCAAACACGCAUUUGACGAUAUCAGCAGCGAAUCAAUUUGCUAUUCAUGUUCUAUCGAAGAAGUAAUGUUCCAUCAACGCAAAAAGAAGCCAAAUCUUUGCGUACCUUACAUCCUCAUCAAAUCUUUCAACAAAUUCUUUGAACUCGGAGCCGAAAAAACAGAAGGUAUCUUCCGUUUGCCAGGCAGCAUGAGCCAUAUCCAAGAUGCCGCUCUCAAGCUCAACCGUAGUGAACAAGAUCCUUUUGCCGGACUCGGAGCGAUGGAUAUGGCCACAAUGAUCAAACAGUGGUUCAGAAGCAUCGAAGGGUGGCUCAUUCCAGAAGAAUUUGCCCACGAGAAUAUUUACAAAGUCAUAAGCUCCGAGCAAAUUAGAGAAACAGCCGACAAACUUCCAGAUUUAGCGAAAUAUACACUUAUGUACCUUGUAGGCGUCCUUAGACGUCUCGCUGCCGCCAAGGACAUUACAAAUAUGGGCGGAGAUAAUCUGGCAAUGACAUUCGCAAUGAACAUGUCUUACUGCAAUGAAGAUGAUAGAAUCAAGCUCUCUCAGAAUAACUCAUUCAUGCAUGCAUUCUUGGCAGAAUUGAUUGUUUCUUGGGACGUUUCCCAAAUUUAUCCAUUACCAGAAAAUGUAUUAUAA